AUGCACGGUGUAGGGGGUCCCGGUAGUGCAGGGGGCAGUGCCGCCCAUCGUCGGCGCAAGAAACGGUCCAACUAUGGGAACCGAACGGUUGAAGUUAACCGUGGAUCGAAUGGUUUUGGAUUUACCAUUUCCGGGCAGCAGCCGUGCAUCCUUUCCUGCAUCGUGGUCGGCUCUCCGGCUGAUUUGGCCGGGCUUCGCGCGGGAGAUUUUCUCAUCUCAGUAAACGGGCUGAACGUGUCAAAGUUGCCCCACGAAUCGGUCGUACAAUUGAUCGGUACAACGCACGGUACGAUCCGGAUGGCCAUCGCGGAGAAUUAUUAUUCCGACAGUUCGGAUGAGGAUAUUCUGUUUCACGGUACCCAGCAACACCGAACUCGUCCAAAGUAUCCCCAUAAGGCGAAAUUUUCUCGUGCCUCUGCAGGUGCCAUGACCAGCGCCGCUGGUGUAAACGGGAUUGGCUCAAAUGGGGCCACCGAGCGUGUAGCCACUGUAGGUGCCGGAAGUCCUAUAAAGUCAUUGAUUCUGAAUGGCGACCACAGCCAGGAGGACCUUGCGGCAAACGAAACAUCUCCCGCCGGUGCAACGGCGUAUAACGUCAUUCACAGUCCUAACGCUAGUAACAGCUGUGAUAUUUCGAAUGUAAGUGCAAUGGUGCGCUCUGUGCAGUUGGGAUCCGUGAGCGAUGAUUCUCCGAUGGUGCGCUCAACCGGCACGAGUCAAGGUCCUGGACAAGAAGGAUUGCUUGAGUACCAGGCCAUCGUAGGUUAUCUCGGAACCAUUGAGAUGCCGAAGCAGAUCGCAACCAGUUCCAAGCUACAAACGGUUCGCAGCUGCAUCAGGAAAAUGCGUCAGGAGAAGCGCAACCCAACAACGGUGUUGAUGACGAUACUACCCUCCUGUCUGAAUCUAACCAACACGAGCAACAACUUGAUCGCAAAGUAUGCGUCUGCGCGACUCAGUUAUGUUAGCAGCAGCAGCGAAUGUGACAACAGAUAUUUCGGGCUGGUAACGUCGGCCAUUUACGCCGAUGGGCUCAUGUGCGACAGUGCGGAUGUUCUAAGUCACCCACGUAAGGACGUGGUGAUCUCAAACAGUUGUCACGUAUUCGUUAUCGAUGGAAAGCUGGUAGAUCAUGAGGUGCACUUGGAGAAAGCGGCCCUCUUCCGGAUCGUCUGUACGAAAGAUCCGAUCACAAACCUCUGCUUGGAGUUUCCAUCAAACUCGGAGUACGUGGUAAAUUUGAUUCGCAGCAUGUACAGUCUAAAGUCCCCCCUCAAAGCCGAUGCUGCCGGAGGCUAUGGUAAGCCUCCGGUUGCAAGAAGCUUGAAUUUGGACGGUGGAGGUGCACGAGGGUUUCCUCGCAAUCGGUCCGAUCCCCGUCUGAAUCCACGUGCGGCUAUGGAUGUUGAUGCCCACGACAUAUUAGCCGCUAAUUCCCCACAGCCUAGCAACCAUAGCGAAAUUACGACCACCUCGAGUAAUUCCGAUUCUGGCAUCGGAUUCCACAACGAUUGUCGUAACAUUUCCGACCGUAUACUGCUAGUCGAUUUUCCAGGGAUGCUCGGGCCGCAGCAACAGAGGCUGCUACAACAACAGCAGAUUGCAAACGUUCGGGCACAUUACCGUAAAUCGCAUCCGUUCCUGCGCCCGGCUGGGAUAAUCAAUGAAAUUCCCCCAAAGAUGGAUCCCAUAAGAAACAUUCGCAGUAUGGGGGUAGCAGGAUGCUCACCAGAGGGCGCUUUAGCGGGUCCUUCACGUGCCGGCUUGCAGAUUGCGCACAGCAAGUCGAAAUCAGCAGACUACAGUUUUCCUUCCGCCUCGUCGGAAGCCUUCAUAGACAAGUUAACGGUACGUGCACGGCCUGAUCCAAAGCCGUUCUCCUCCGAUCGAUCACCCUCGAAGGAAAACGCUUUGAACUGUUUGCAGGAUGAACCCUUGGAGCGGUUAGCGAGUGUCGCACAAAACGAAGAUGUAGAUUUGGUCGUCUCCGAUCGAUGGACCUGUGGAAGAACACUAGACGAGCAAGGAAACAUUGUGGAGGAACGUGCGAUUGAUGUCCCGCCGAUGGAGGAGCUAUUUUUGGAUCUUGAGCGAUAUAACAAGGACAAUGUGAAAAAUAGUCUUCUUGCGGCACGUUCUUGCGACGACAUGAUCCUGUCGCUAGGAAAGGAAACUGAUCGAUCGCUAGGCGACGGUGGUGAAGCCGUCUGCGACCAAAUUCUGCAGGACGAGGAAACUUUCGAGCGCCUGAAGGUGAAGUUAUCGAUCGACGAUUUGACACUGAUUUCAUCAGAACCUUCUCGUGCGCUUAGCAGUGUCCAAGAUGGAAGGACGAGUAUUAACAACAUCGCCAAUCAGCACGUAUUUCUGCAGCCACUGAAACCUGUGAAACGGUCUAAGAAAGCGUGCACGACGCACACGACAAAAUCUGCCUCCGGGAAGCUUGCUGCGGUCCACGGGACUCUGGGGGUUGACGAAAAUACGUUGUCUGCGCACGGACGCCACGGCGGAGAUAAGCUAGCGGCCUAUAAACUGAGCCCUAAAGUAUUCGGCCUACCACGGCCCAUAUCGAUUAGUUUCGAAAACAUUUCAACCCUUUCCGUUUCCGGGUGCUCCGGGGUCGGGGGUGGUCGUGACAACGGCGGAGUCGAUAAACAUGCCAUUCGUGACGCGUAUUGCGAUGCAUCCGGUGAUGGUGACAUUGGCCGGAUAGGUUCGGGUAAAAACUCUCAAAUGGGCAAUGGAACACCCGGCUCGGGCAGGAAAAGUAGAGCAACGAAGCGUCUAAGCGGAGGGUUUUCAGCCAUUUGGGGUAGCCUGCAGGAGCUACGAAGUGGAAGUUUCGGUUCCCAAGGGAUCAAGAGUGGUGGAGAUGAUCGCUUAAAGCAAGACCACAGUCGAAUCACAACGUCGGAGACGCAAAGAAAUAAUGCAGUGGUGGUGGUGACCAAGAAGAAGGAGCGUGAACGAUCACUGAGUGGACUAAAGAUUUUGGAGGCGACGUACAGCGAACCCGAUCUGCGAUAUGAUGAGGUGAGUGCUCCAAAUCUACUAGAGGGUAUCCGCGAUCACGACGUCACAGAAGAUAGCGGUAGACAAGGCAAAUCAAUCAACCACAACGCUUCACCGUUCCGUCGUUGGGGUCAAUCGUCACUUCGAUCGCGUUCGACCGAACAUCGGACCCCAACCAAUGGUUCUGCUCGUCGGCCAUCAUCACUGGCCGCCUCGGAAAGCGAUGUGUACACCAAAUCGAUCGACGAUGACUACAGUUCUACCAAAAGCGGCUACACACCGUAUACCGGUGGUGCAGGAGCUGUGGAUACGCUUUCGGUUGAAUCCGCUCUGGUUCCGGUUGGAGCAGGGGUACUGGGAUCGGUGUCAGGUGGAAGCGGCAGUACUACCGGAGGAGUGGUCACGAGUGGAAGCGGCGGUCCUGUUGGAGUAGCAUCCUGGGGUACUUCCUUCGAAAAGCUGCUGGAAGAUGCUGGCGGUUUGCACACGUUCUCGGAAUUUCUUAAAAAAGAAUUCUCCGCCGAAAACAUCUACUUCUGGACGGCUUGCGAGCGGUACCGGCAGCUGACGGAGCGUGAUGAACGGGCACGUGAGGCACAAGCGAUCUUUGCCCGGCAUCUAGAAUCUGGCUGCAGCGAACCGGUCAACGUGGAUUCAAUCGCGCGUAAUAUUGCCUUGGAGAAGCUGCCUCAGGCUGAACCGAGCCUGUUUGCGGCGGCCCAGAAGCAGAUCUUCAAUUUGAUGAAGUUCGACAGCUACCAGCGGUUUAUCAAGUCAGAUAUGUACCGGGUGUGUCAGGAGGCCGAAGCGAAAGGUCAGGUACUGCCGUAUCCGGGCGAGCAGCUGGAUCCGAUGUUACGCACCAGCUUCGCAAUGGUGGUGGGAGGCGCAGCAAACGGCGGCCUGACCAAGCUCAAGAAGUCCCUCAGCAACGCUGAAGAUCGCCGGCGAAAAUCUCUCCUUCCGUGGCAUCGGAAAACGCGCUGCAAAUCGAAGGAUCGUGACUCGGACACGUCGAAGAAAGACAGUGGAAAGGGCGGAACGUCGGGGGGAGCGACGGGGAUCGCAGAGAAGUCUUCCGCUGCGGCAGGCAACGGUGGUGGCGGUAGCAGCAGCAACACGUUGAAGUUGCUUUCCACAAACUCCACUAGCGAUAUUCACAGUUCCCGAAGUUCCUUAGCUAGUUUUGAUGCAGCGAUCGGCGGAAAGUCGUACGAUCCCGAAGAUUCACGUACAACCCUUUGCCGGGUAAUCCUGUCCAAUGGUGCGACGACCGUCGUGCAGACGCGAUCGAACGAAACCAUCAAGGAGUUGGUAGAACGGUUGCUGGAGAAACGUGGCAUCGUGUACAACGCGUAUGAGGCGUUCCUUGCUGGAAGUACGAAACCGCUUGAUCUCGAUGGGCCAUCGGUUAGUCUGGCCGGUCGGGAAGUGAACAUAGAUCAGCGCGUCGUGUUCAAGCUGAACCUCCCGAACCGCAAAAUGAUAUCGGUGAAGAGUAAGGCUGCGAAACCGCUGGCGGACGUGCUGCGGCCGAUCCUGCACAAAUAUAACUAUGAACUGGACCAGAUGAAGGUGGUGGUUCACUCGACCGUGGACGUGUGCCUUGAUAUGACGCAACCGGUCACCACGGUAGAUGGGUUGUGUUUGUACAUACGCAGCACGAGCGAGUCUGCAACCAGCAACGGAGCAGUUCAUCCGGAACUAGGACGACCGUUGGCGGGAGCACGACCGGUCAUUAAUACGGCCACCCAUCAGCAGAUUGUUCAUCAUUUUCAGCAGCAACAGCAACAACAGCAGCAGCAACAGCAGCUACUUAAUAGUCAAUCAGUCAACGCUCAGCAGCAACACACCUUUGCCGUACCGACCUCUAUUCCGUCAUCCUACGCUUCGGCAACCGGUAUCAAACAGCAGCAACCCUUCGGAGGGUCCGGUGCGUGCAAUAAUAAUACUAAUCUGGGCAAUGCAAACCAGAAUCGGCCAAGACCGAAGGAUCAACCAGAACAACCGAAGGAAGAUCAGCAGCCGGAGAUAGGAAGUGGUGUCGUGAAUGGGCGCGGCCAACACGAACUGAACACGCUCGACGAGAUCACGAACAAAGUGUUCAAUGAGCUGAUGAACGGAAAGACGGCCAGCAAUGGUGUGGCGGGUAAGGGACCACCGGAUGUAGAUUGCACCUCGGACACGUCUUCGACGCGUCGUGAUCGCUUUCGCAGGCGCGGAUCCAAUACGGCACCGUCGGAAAGUGGUCGGGGAGCGAAAAGUAAAAAAUGCUCCACCGGAGGCUCCGAAGAUGGUGGCGAGAGUGUGAACAACCUCGGUAUCAAGAAGCCGAUCAUUGCCAAGCUGAAAGCUGGUGUGAAAUUGCAGAUGCCUACUAGGUCGCAGAAUGACGAGCUGCUGGAGGGAUUGAAGCGGGCUCAACGCAGCCGUCUCGAGGAUCAACGCGGUACUGAAAUCAAUUUCGAGUUACCGGACUUUCUAAAGGAUAAGGAAAACUUUACUACGCCCAGUGCGACUCCCGCUAGCAAUCCGGCCACAGUUCCGGUUGCGAGUACGACAUCGUCCGCUACAUCCGCAACGUCAGGUCCGUCGAAGUUAACGCGCAGCAAACCGGCAAGACGCUCGGAAUCCACCACACCGACGACGGAGUUCGUUGGAGGAUCACUGCAGCAGAUCAACAAGCCCCAACCAGCACCGCGGUUAUCGAUUACCGGGCAGGGCCGACUGAACCUAUCCGGUCCCGGUUCACCUGUCCAAGCGGCCGUCAGUGAUAGCCACCUUAAUUUGUCGACACAAUGUAACGCUUCGCCGCUUCCGCAAGAUGAUCCGUUUCACGUCCACAGUGGUGGUGGUUCGCAGUCGGAGAACAGCUAUGCCGACACUACCCUAGUCUUCACCCAUGCCACGGCCAUUAAUGGUCAGGUACCGGUUGCCGUCACACCACGCACCAUUACAUCUAGCUCUGCGGCACUUCCCUUCGGUAGCGGUGACCAUUCCAGCGAUUCCAGCAGCACCGGUGAAGGUGGUCACAUCACCACCAACGGCUGUUGCGAUAACCACGUGCACGAGACAUCCCCGGGAAGCUCACCAACAAACCAUAGUGGCCAUUUACACCCGCUGCACUAUCACGCUGGUCCUGGUUCCGGAACGAAUGGGAGUAGUGGCGCGUCAUGCAAUCCAUCGGCGGCCUAUCCGUUGGUGCACUAUCCGUCCCAUCAUCAUCAUCACCCGCACGGGCUUCAUCCGCAUCAUCAUCCGCACGGCCAACACUACCAUCAUCAUCAUCAUCCGCCUGGUUCGCGCUAUCUGGCCGCGACUCCGCUACCGAACGGCGUUAACGGGCAAUCUUGUUCGAGCAUGGGUGACAGUCAAAAAGGACCACCACCAUUACCACCGAAACCGAAAAUUCUACCCAUCAAACCCUCCAACUGGGGUCACCCGGUCACGGCCUCCUAUGCGACAGGACCUGGCACCAAUGGGUGUGUUAAUGGCGGUGAUUUAAACGGCCUCACUAUGGGAGCAACUGGAAGUGUGCCGAGUAGCGGUUCUGGGGCCGGUACUUCACUGACCGACGCGGUCAUAACCAGCACCUCCAGCCUGCAUCACACCAACGGCACUAACGCAGGUGUUGGAGCAACUACGGGGAGCAAUGGUAUCGCAAACUCUAUGCAAACAGAUUUACCGGGUAAUCGGCGCUCAAAUGGUGCCACGGAUAGCCCGACGGGAUUAUCCGCUGCAUCAUCUGGCAUCAGUGCGGCCGUUGCACAAGCACGUAGUGUCUAUUUCGAUCAAGGAAACAGCAGUUUUGUGUAGCAGAACCAAACUGGAGUAGACGGAAAUAUGUAAAAGUGAUUCAAAAGUAGUGAUGAUUGUAUGUGAAAUUAAUUUAUUGGGAAAAAGAAAUAGAUUCAUCCAUGUUAGCUGAAGCAUUGGACGUUAUUCUAGGACAAUACUGGUGUGAUAUUACCCCGUGGCGCUUUCCAUCGGGGUACCGGAUGUUAUGUAAAUAAAAAGCAAUAGAUAGAAGCCGAAUUAGUUAUCAGGGGGUCUCGAAGAAACACUACAGAUAGAAUAAUUGAAAAUGAACCGAAAAUAAAUUAUUUGCU